AUGGAGAGCCACAAGGGGCUACGGUGGAGGGCCGCGCUGUUACGCCCGUCUCGGUUGUAUGAGGCGGACCUGGCAUACCGUGUGGAGCCACUCAUGCCACUGGCAACGUCGCUGGUGUACCUGAGCCACACGCGGCUAAAACGCGCUGCACCUCUUUCCGCAAGUGGCUCCGCGAAUUCGCCCACCGGCGACGCGCGGCACACGUCACUUGGUGUACCGUUUACUUACAGCGAGGCGUACACGUGCUCGCUUGCGAUUGGCCACGAACUGGGCGGGCACGAGGGUUGCAUCAACUCCCUUGCAACAAACACAACAGGAGAGUUUCUGUUGUCAGGCUCUGACGACCUGCGCUUGUGUUUGUAUGACACAUGCGACUGGUCGCUGCGACAACGAUAUCGCACAAUGCAUCGCGCCAAUAUCUUCCACGCGGUGUUUGUACCCGGUAACGAGGGCCGCGUGCUCUCGUGCGCACUCGACGGCCGGACGAUACUGACCGACUUGGAGACCUCGCAACCAUAUUAUAAGUCCAGGUUUCUUUCAAUGGCCUCGUCUGUGGCGACGUCACCGUGGUGGCCAGACAUGGCAUACAUUGCCUACUCUAAUGGGCUGAUCAAUAGAGUGGACACACGUGCAUGCUCAUCUGAGAACGAGCCACCUGCUGUGGGUAACCCCUGUCUCCGUGAGGUGACGCAGGUUAACGUCCUGGGGGUGCAUGAGCGGUGGCCAUUCCUUAUUGUAUCCGGCACGAACACGUCAAAGGUGUACCUGCAUGAUGUGCGCAUGGGUUUUCUUGGCGCGUACGCCGCACUGUCGAUUCCGAACGUGACGUCUAGCGACGGUAUAGGUGGCCUUCAGUUCAGUGAGCGCGGUGAUGUUAUGGCAGUGAACUUUCGAUGCCAAGACGCCUACGCGGUUCCGUGGCUCGACACAAUGCACUCUACCCGUAUGCCGGAGAGCUACGAAGCCGAACUGGCCAAGUCGGAUAGCAUUGAAGUGCUCCUUGGAAUGGGAUCGGGAAAUAUUCCUUGCGUGCCAGUCCACAAUGCUGUGCAGUUGCGUGGACGGCGCAAUGUGCAAACAAUGUUCAAAGAGGUGGCCUUCAUGGAUGAUGACAAUAUUAUUUGUACGGGUGGGGAUUGUGGCAACGUGUUUUUCUGGCGCCGGGAAGAUGGCAAGUUGUUGCACGUCACACGGGGUGAUUCAGAUAUAGUGAAUGUGGUUCACUACAAUCGCCGUGUGGGGAAUCUUGUUACCUCCGGCAUUGACGCCACUGCCAAAGUGAUGGAGGCAGGCAGACACAUCCGCGCGAGCCCGUCACCGCCACAGACAACUCGCCGCUUACCAAUUUUCAGAAAUGCAGGAGUUGAGGACCCCGGCGUGGCUUUGCUUUCAGCGCUGGUGAGAGACACAAUACAACCAGCGUCGGGCACAGUUUCCAAUAGCGUAGCCGGCUCGCACGCUUGGGAGGGCAGCGAUGAAAUGGAUGCAUUCGAUGAGGCGAGUGAGGACGAGGAGGGUUCCGAGGAGGAAACGCAGGAGUGGCCCGAACAACGGCGAAACCGAUCACGUUUACCCCGACGACUCAUGUACGCCCAUGAACGCUGCGUCAUAUCACACAUUACUGUCACCAAGGCGUUGGACGAACACACAUCACUGCAGCAACUGGUGGAAGCGGUGCGCAUGAUGAAGGCUGUCUCGGAGAUGGCCAACCGCAUCGUUAGCGGCGGUAGUGAAGUGGAGGAUUUUUCCGUUUUUAGCAGUGUGCCGUUCCUUAUACUUGCAACGAGCCGUCUCGCGGGGUGGGAUGUAAGAACAUCGUCAGAGGAAUACUCCUCGGCGGAGAGACUCACGAGCGACCAGGAAAGCGAGGAUGAUAACAACGGGCGUGACUUCAACGACCCUCCUGCUUUCUUCGUUUUGGAAGAGAGUGAUUUCGAGCAGGAAAUCAACUCGGCAUUGGAGACAGGGAUAGCGAAUGCUGAGGUUGAGGAGCGGUCAGGGCCGGAGCUGAGAGAGGACAACGAAGAGAAUGAGAAUGAGGAUGCGGAGGGCGCUGCGGUGGUGCGUUUUCUUCACCAUGAUGGUGGUGAUGCACCGCCGGAGACGGAAACCGUUGCACUUGACCCCUCGUCUCACGCGCAGUUGUUCGCCACAUUGUGUUUUGUGCUGGAUAAGCUGAAACGUAACCUGUACUUUGCCUUCCGCCAGUGGACGAUACCAAACGUGGGGAAGGCGCAGGUGGCGCGCUGGGACCGCUGCACAUGGGGUGUGGCGGCGAAGGUGCCUACACCGUUGGGUGAUGAAUGGCUGACACAGGCCGCAGCUGACUACAACGGCACCCGACACUUCACUCUCAACCGCAGAAACCGUAACGACAGCAACAACGAGGACGCGGAUGCAGGACACAGACCUGAUGCUGUCACUGCGGAUGAAGAGGCCAGUUCUCGGCGUCUGCGGGUUAAAUGCAUCCUGUACGUGAUGGAUCUCCUGUUACAAGGAAAAGAGUUUCUGUGUAGCACGACGGAGGACCGCCGGCGUUAUUGGUUGUUUCGCUCUGUACUUGAACUCUGCUAUGUUUACUAUUUCAUGGCAGUUGGAGACACAGAGGCUGCAAUUGAUAGAGUAACCAGACUGGAGCGCCACGCUGAAUACCGCUGCAUCACAGCGCUGGGGACGGUAAACAGGGCAUAUCUGCGGCGGAUGCAGCAGCAGCAGCAGCGACGGAGGAAUGGUGGUGAAGCGCCCAGGAUGAUGAUUGAGGUUCCACGCGCAUUGGAUUUCUCGGCAUUCACCCCGCUGCUUGUCCCACUUGCGCUUCACAUCCGCAUCUUGGUGUUGUCCCGCAAUGAGGCAAUGCGAGCCGUUACCGAAACAGCAGGUCUGUUGUCGGAGGAGGGUGAACAACAGCCACAGCAACAGCAGCAGGAAGAGAAGGGGUAUGAUCGGCGCGUGUCAUUGCUCGUGGAGGAGAUGCGGCGCCGGCUUGAUGGGCACCCAAACCGGAAGGUGAGUAACAAGGUCGUGCGUAUGCUGCGCGGUAUCCAGGUGAACGUGUGA